CAACGUACAUGCAACAACAUUUGAAACUCCGUUAGAUUUUAUGUUUUCAAGGCCUUUCAGUUUGCCUAAAUAUUUUGGACACAGAUGGAACCGUAAACAAAGUUGUUUUGGCUGUUGUGCUGUACCGGCAUCGAUACAGCCAACUGACGGAAAUCUCACAGGAACACUGUUCCAAAACAACAGAAAUGCCCAGGGCGUACAUCUACUUUGUAUCAACAGGACAGCCUUGAGAAGGGAUAGAACCUAUAUGACUCUUCAUGACAAUGAGACCAGUAUAUUACGCAUCUUUGUAAAAGACCAUGAUGAUACGAUAUUGCUCCAGCCUGUUGAAAAGUUAUAAGAUCUCAUUGCCUUCCCUGGUGAGAUGUUCAAGGCCUUCUGUGUGCUCAAAGCUUCAGUCAGCAUGGCUGAGGUACUGUACACUAGUCAAAACAAGGCCUGAUAUAAAACAGCUCAGGGCUUUUCCUUUUGUGUGCCUAGGGGCCGGAAUCCUACUUCAGAAGUCAUCAGUUCUAAAACACUCAUGGUGGUAUUGUUCUGUUGCCCAGUGCAGUGCGCGAACUUUGCCAGAAAAUCUCCUACAAGAGGGAGGUAACCAUGUUCAUCACGACAGUCUUCUGAUUCUCUUGCUGCGUAAACUUUAUUCUGCUUCAUUCUUGUUGAUGAGAACUAUAAGUUUGUUUGUUAGAUUUUUCCCUCUAUUGUGUGUUUAUCCCCUUACGUUUGUUAUUCCUGGAAGUCGGUGGCUGUGGUGGUCGGGUUUGUUGGUUGCCAUGGAGUCGGCCGGUCCAUCCUUCAUCAAACUAGGUCAGUGGGCCAGUACCAGACGUGACCUAUUUUCAGCAGAAUUUUGUGACAGGUUCUCUGUAUUACACCACCAAGUUGCUGUUCACAAAUGGCGCCACACGGACAAAAGACUCACGCAGGCAUUUGGUCCAGGGUGGCGCAGCCUUUUUAUAUCUUUCAAAGAAGAUUGUGAGCCAGUAGGAUCUGGGUGUGUUGCUCAAGUAUACAAAGCUUAUUUUGAUCUGGACAAAAUUGAUGCUCAGUUGAAACAAAGAUUGUCUGAAAAUGAUGCAGAAGAAUCGGUGUUGACUAAUCGUAUUGGUAUUCCUGUAGCUGUAAAGGUGUGUCACCCUGACAUCGCUGAACUGAUAGAGCGUGAUCUUACCAUCAUGAGAUUCAUGGCCUCCUGUCUGACUGUCUGUCUGCCCAGCCUACACUGGCUUAGUCUGACAGAGUGUGUCCGCGAGUUCGCGCAGCUCAUGGAAAAACAGUUAGAUCUGGUGAAUGAAGCUAAGUGCCUGGACAGAUUUGCUGUCAAUUUCUCAUCUUGUGCCCAGAUCUCAGUCCCCACACCUAUCUGGCCGUACAUUACAAAGGAGGUCCUCGUGGAAACAUUUGAGGAAGGGGAACACAUAUCGAACUUCAUUCAGAAUAAACAAUGCUCUAAGGAACUCAAGAAAACCCUUGCGGAGUUAGGUGUUGGUGCUCUGUUGAAGAUGGUUUUUAUUGACAACUUUAUUCAUGGUGACCUACAUCCAGGCAAUAUUUUGGUGCGGAAUGCUGACAAGUACAAGGAACAGCAAUCACGUUCCAAAAAUCGAGUGAAAUUGGUUUUGUUGGAUGUUGGGAUCACAGCUUCGAUGAAAGAGUCGGACAAACAUAAGUUUGUUGAAGUUUUCAAAGCGGUUCUUCGCGGAAAGGGUGAAGAGGUCGCCAGGCUGUUCCUGACUAAGUCCCGAAUCUCCAAGUGUCGGAACCCAGCCGAGUUCACCAGGGAGAUGACCAAGCUGGUGCACUUAGCCAGACAGGAAGCCGCUAGUCUGGGAAAGGUACAGGUGGGGUCGCUGUUAUCUCAGGUGUUCGGCUUGAUGAUAGAACACAGAAUCAAGGUAGAGAGUAACUUCGCCUCCGUCAUUCUGGCUAUCGCUGUCCUGGAAGGCCUAGGCCGAUCGCUCAACCCAGAGUUGAAUAUCCUGAAGUCUGCUAGACCCUUUCUUCUUCCAGGAACUUGGAAGGAGGAAAAGCAGUUUCGACCCAUGGAUGAUUUCUUCGAUAUAUCUUAAAAACAAUUUCAGAUUUGUGUAUUAAACAUCUCAUGAUAAUUUGAACUCAUUUCCAGAUUUCACCAAUCGGAUGCUGUGUUGAUGUGGCCAUGGUAAUAUAUAUGUAAGGAGCAUCCAUUUUCUAGAGAAAAGUAAACAGGCGAAUACGGAGCACAUAUCACUAUAAAAAUUCAACAUGUCAAAUUAAGAUUUAUUCCAGGGGCUUGUUUCACAAAACUUCCGUAAUUUGUUAGUAGCUUCAAAAUAUGAAAUCUUCAUUUUUGUUUUUGACACAAGUAUGUAGACAAAAGACGAUAGCUCAUAUAAUGGAAAGUCGAGACGAAACACGCGUAGUGAUAGUUUUUGUGCUUUUCAGAAAGACAGCCGUGUGCUGAAAGAAGCUGAUAUAGUCCUAUUUUUUCCCAGGCAAAAACUCUUGUCAAAAAUGGAACUGAUAACACCCUAAAAAUCACCUUCAGACGUGAGUAAAGAUUUCGAGCCAACUUUCAAAUCUAAAAGACAAAAACUUUGAUAUGUAGUCAGAUAUUUUCCUUGUGAAACGGAAUUCAAUAUAUCAGAAAUACAUAUAUGAAAACCUAUUCAAUAUAUCUCAAAUGAUUGCGGACAGGGCUUGCCAUAUGUAAUAGGCCAUAAUAUAGACACAAUGAUCUGCGUUUUGUAGGCCAUAUUGUUUGCUACUGUAAAGCAGGCGAAACUUUUAUUCCUGCCAAAUAAACAGGAUAAAGAGUUUUGGGGUUGAAAUCAGAGCAUUUCAUUGUACAGGAUUAGUUGUUACUAUGGCCCGACAUGACAUUUCAAAGAGGAACAACCAUUGCAUGGUACUGAAAUGCCCUGGUACAAGACCAUGUGGUCCCAUUUGUAGCGUUGUGGUUGUUUAUAAUGUACUAUGUACAGCUCAUUUGCUGGCCACAGUCGUGUAAGUGAAACAUUCUUGAGUACGGCGUAAAACACCAUUCAUAUAAAUAAAUAAAUAAAUCGCAGAGCAGGUAUGGGGGUACAGCUCUGUCAGUCAU